CCUAGUCACUACACAGAAGCUAGCUAGAUGCUAUGUUUAAAAGUUAGGAAAUAAACGACGUUUCCAGUCAUUAGUCAUCGUUAAAACUACACGUUUGAAGUCAUGACAGCUAUAAAAGACGGAGAGUACACGGCUACAAUCUACAAACUGAUUAAAGACGGACAGUAUGUGGAAGCAAUUCACAUCCUAAACGGCCAACUUCAAAAACACACCAAGUCCAGGGCAGCACUGUCUCUGCUGGGAUACUGCUACUAUCACAUCCAAGAUUUCACCAACUCUGCAGAGUGCUACGAGCAGCUCACCCAGCUGCACCCAGAGGUGGAGGAGUACAAGGUGUACUAUGCCCAGUCCCUGUACAAAGCUGGUGCUUAUCCUGAGGCCACCAAGGCCUCCUUCAUGCUUGACAACCCCAGCAGUCACACUAAGAUGGUCAAGCUGCAAGCCUGUAUCAAAUAUUGUGAGGAAGAUUACUCUGCUGCCAAGUCAUUGCUGGAGCAGCUGCCCCAGGAGGACCCAGACUACGUCUACAAUAUGGGCUGUUUGCUUUACCAGGACGGCAAGUAUGAGGAGGCCUGCAAGAAGUUCAUGUCUGCCAUGCAAGUGCUGGGAUAUGUGCCAGCGUUGUCCUACAACAUCGCCCUGUGUUACUACAGCCUGAAGAACUACGCUCAGGCCCUCAAAUAUAUCGGAGAGAUCAUAGAACGAGGCAUCAGGGAACAUCCAGAGCUGAGUGUUGGGUUGACAACUGAGGGAAUCGACGUGCAUAGCGUGGGCAACACGCUGGUCCUGCAUCAAACAGCCCUGAUUGAAGCCUUCAACCUCAAAGCUGCCAUCGAAUACCAGCUAAAGAACUUGAAAAGAGCUCAGGAGGCUUUGACAGACAUGCCCCCCAGAUCAGAGGAGGAGCUGGACCCAGUGACACUCCACAACCAGGCUCUGGUGAACAUGGACACAAAGCCGUCGGAGGGUUUUGAGAAGCUGGCCUUCCUGCUGCAGCAACCCUCCUUCCCCCCUGUCACCUUCGGAAACCUGCUGCUGCUCUACUGCAAACACGAGUACUUUGACCUGGCAGCUGACGUCCUGGCAGAGAACGCCCACCUCACCUACAAAUUCCUCUCCCCGUAUAUGUAUGAGUUUCUUGAUGCCUUGCUGACCUGCCAGACAGCGCCAGAGGAGGCUUUUAGGAAGUUCGACGAGAUGAACGGCAAACUGACAGAACAGUUACGGAAGCUGGCCAAGCAGCUGCAGGAGGCCAGGCUGGCUCGAGACGAUGAGGUGCAGAAAAAAGCUCUGCAGGACUACGACCUGAUGCAGGAGAAGUACAUUGUGGUCCUGAUGGCCCAGGCCAAGAUCUACUGGAACCGGGAGAACUUCCAGAUGGUGGAGAAGAUUUUCCGCAAGUCGGUGGAGGUCUGUAAUGAGGACGAUACCUGGAAGCUGAACGUAGCCCACGUCCUCUUCAUGCAGAACAAGUACAAGGAGGCCAUCGGCUUCUAUGAGCCCAUCGUCAAGAAACACUACGAUAACAUCCUGAAUGUGAGCGCUGUGGUUCUGGCCAACCUGUGUGUGUCCUACAUCAUGACCAGCCAGAAUGAAGAGGCUGAAGAGCUGAUGAGGAAGAUCGAGAAAGAGGAGGAGCAGAUCUCCUACGACGACCCCGACAAGAAAGUCUUUCACCUCUGCAUCGUCAACCUGGUCAUCGGGACGCUGUACUGUGCCAAGGGGAACUACGACUUCGGCAUCUCUCGAGUCAUCAAGAGCCUGGAGCCUUACAACAAGAAGCUGGGGACGGACACAUGGUUCUACGCCAAGCGCUGUUUCCUCUCUCUGCUGGAGAACAUGUCCAAACACAUGGUCAUGCUGAGGGACGCUGUGGUCCAGGAGUGUAUUCAGUUCCUGGAGCACUGCGAGGUGUACGGGAAGGAGGUUCCGGCCAUCAUCGAGCAGCCUCUGGAGGAGAUCCACAUUCACAUCGGCAAGAACACCGUCACCUACGAGGCUCGGCUGCUCAAGGCGCUGUUCUAUGAGGUCAUUGGCUGGAACAAGUGACAUCAUCAGAUCGACAACAUUGACUGACUGCAGCCAGCGAUGGCAUAAAGGAACAAGCUUGGCUGGAAUCAAGCGCCGUCCAGCACACAUAGUACACUACCACACACACACACACCCACACACACACCCCAGGGGAAGCCUGUAUUUUGAGCUGGGGGAGUUUUGGCAGGAACUCCAACAGAUCUUAUAUAAUCACUCUGCGUUCUCUCCACUCUGACUGUUAAAGGAUUCCUCUCGCUCCUCCUCACAGACUCUUGAGGCCGGUAAUGUAAGCAGAGAUGAUUUAUUAUCAGAACUACACGUUACAAUACAGCAGAAUUCGUUUUAUUGGCUUUUUCUGCUAACAUAAUACACACGGUAACAUCUUGUAUGUACGGUGAUCUACAUGCAUUCGUAGCUCAUGCGUGCGUCCUCUUUGGUCAGUGCUGGUUGUACAGCUGCCGUCUGGCCCUGUUUCAUGUUCAGUAGAUAAAAUGUGUAAAAAGCAAAAACUUAAUUUAAACAGAAUAAAGAUUGUUAUUUUGGG